CGCAAAACGAGAUGAAAAGGCUGCCUGAUGAACAAUUUCCCUGAUUGAAUAUUCCCUGCCAAUUCACAUCUCGUGAUGGAGCUUAGCUAGGUGGAGUUUACCUAGACAUAGUUGCUCCUCCGAGGAAGCUGCUCUUCAGUUCUUAUAUGUGCUGCAUUCAUGAAGCCAUGUCACACCGCUUUGUGGUCUUGGUGUUUUCUUCGAUCUCUGCUUAUGCUAUAUCAAUUUUGAGAUAUUAGAAAUAUGACGGGCAGCAUGGGCUUCCCCAUUACGCAGAUGAAGCGACACACUAGGACGAUGCGGCUCCUCUGGGCAUUCUUCUAUUGUUUCCUCGGCGUUGACGGGGCGGUGCGUGUGGUGGAUCCUGGCAACAUGCUCAGCGACACGUGCCAGACGCAGGUCAGUCAGCAAUAUUAUAGUUUAGUACAAUCUCGGUCUUGAUGGUUCUCACAACAUACACAAAUGUGUAGGGCUGAGUUCAAGACAAAAGUUCGCAGGCACAGAAAUACAAGUCGAGGUUUCGUCAGAUGAUGGAAAAAACAGUUUUCUAUGUUCUAUGCCACCUAGGUGUGCUCAAAUGUCGCGAAUACGGCGAAAUUGAAACUCGCCCUGGAGCAGAUCGAAACUAUGCGUGACGUCGUAAUCGAAAUCGAGCCUUACUAUGGGGAUCCUCAGGAGGAUACAUGGGAAAGUGUGCGCGGUGACGAGUACUUGCACGAAAAAGCAAGGCUACGGCUAGCUGAUUGCGAAGCCAAUAUAGCGGAAGACCGAGAGCCCUGUCCCUUUGCUUAUGUUUUGCUCGAUGCAAAUCCGAUGGCUGAGUUGGACGUCACAUUGGAUAAACAUGCGGAAGCGAAAGGAAGGUUCAGUGUGCCCCAGUUUGGAUCAGCCGUAGCUCUGUCGGCGCAGACGGACUUCUCCUGCAUGCGCGAACACCUUCGUAAUUGCUACAGAAUAGUUACCAUUUUUGACUAGAUUAACGUGUUCUGCUUCUGAAGCUUUUUCUAGAAAAUGGAGCUUGCGAAUCUGCGCAUACACACUUUGGAUGACUUGUGCUGUGUUAUUCUAGGCUAUGACUGCUUAGUAUCGUUGAGUUAAUAUCGUGCCGUUAAUCAAAUAGGUGUUUGCAUUCGAAACAUUGCGGACCACAACUGGAGUUCCCAUCUACACUGGAUGCCGUAUUUGCUACCGCAAGUAUUGGGUGCAGCAGAAGCACAACGGCCGAACGACAUGUGCCGGAGUAGCAGCUCUGCGCUUCGAGCCGGGGGAGAUGCAUGGUCCUCCAUGCUCGCUGCGGGCGUGCCUGGCGCCGGACUCCUUCACAGUUGGCUUGCAGGAUCAAGUUCAGUCCGCGGCGACGUUUUCCUACCUCUGCUCUACGUAGUCGGCUUCGGGAGCAGCACACUCUUAGUGUUGUAUGUCUUUUUCGUGACAGUAGCACCACCGCCGGCGCCACGCGAGCCACCCAGCAUCGCGCCAGGCGAGUACCAGCUCAGCGAAGGGCGAGGUGUGCUAGUGCGGUUUGCACCAGCUGCCGACGCGCCGGUCGUAGGCGAGCUUGAUGCCGGUCCUGUAGACCUAACUGUUGUUUCGGAUCAUCGGGGCGCGUGGCUCGAGCUCGAAGCACCGUUUCGCGGCUGGAUUGCGCUGGACGCCUUGCAGAAAAGUGAAAGCGCUGGUGAGGAAGUGUCACCAGAAGAAGCACAAAAGAAUAUUGACCCAACAAGGAUAGACCCAGAUAGCAGUGAUAAUGUGAGAAAGCGAGUCCCUCCUGCGAGAACAUACUAAUGAACUCGUUGGCGAACAUAUCUGAAUUAGAAAAUCACAUCGCAGCCAGGUGUUGCGACACAAUUGUUUUCUCCGUUGUGUGUCGACCGUGCGCCCCGUGUCGGAUAGUGGUUUUCUUGAUUACAAUGUGUUUACAAGAUGCACAAAGCAGCUUCGCUAAGACUCUAUUGUUCUUACAUGGCAAGUCGAACUCAGUAC